AUGGAAGAAGCACUUACUAAACCAAGGAAUGUUACCCAUACUUUAUAUAAAUUAUACAACUGGUUGCAAAUGGGAAUAAUUGACCUUAAUCCUGAAUUCCAAAGAGCAAUUAAACAAUCUCAUCUAGUAGAUUCUGUUCUUAACAAUUUUUAUGUUCCACCAGUAAUUUUUUCUUGUAAAAAAUUAGAUAACAAAAGAUGGAUCAGAGUAUGCAUAGAUGGGAAGCAGAGGUUAACUGCCAUCAAAAAAUUUAUGGAUGGUGAAAUUCCCCAUGUAAGCCCUUCUGAUGGCAAUGUAGCUAAAAGGUACUAUAAAAUUGUCAAUGGCAAAAAGUCAUUGACAGAACCAGAAAGAGAGCUAUUUGACUGUUCCGAGUUGCUUUGUGGUAAGAUUGAGUAUUAUGACCUUUCAUUACAGCAAGAGCAAGAAAUUUUUAGCCGUGUCCAAUUGGGUGUUGCAUUAACACCAGCUGAAAAAUUACAAGCAAUCAGUAGUCCAAUGGCUGAUUUUGCUCACUCCAUUUUCAGCAAAUAUCCUAGUAUUUCACUUAUAAUGGAUACUAAACGUGCUAGACCAUUCCAAUUGAUAACACAAUCAUUACAUAUGAUUGAAAAUGAACCUGAAAAAUUCAAUGCAACUCCUGCUGUCAUAACUAAAUUCUUAAAGGAAGAACGUCAAGUACCCUCAAAUUUAAAAAUCAUUGCAGAGAGAAUUUAUCAAACACUUGAAGCAAUGAUAGCUGAUAAUUCUGAUAUAUUUCAUAAAGAUAAUCGAUUGGCUCCUGUGGAAUUUGUGUUCCUAACUUAUAUGAUUGCAAAAUAUCCUGGUCUACUAAUCUCCCAUUAUCAAAGUCGUCUAUUAGCCAUGAAAAAACAUGUUCGUCAGAAACAUGACGACAUUCGAUUCAAUAAUAAAGUUUAUGACACAUUAAAAAGAUUUGUUGAUGGUAUGGAAUCUGAAUACAUAGUCACUUCAUCUACAUCUACUUCAUCUAAAUCAUUAGCAUCAAAUGGUGUGUUAUACAAAACUGAAUCAACCAAUUAUGGUGGACAACAAUCAUCUUCAUCUAGGCCAAAAAAAAGAAAUUCUUUGUCUUCUAAUGAUUUUCUGGCUGAAACGUCUCAAGCUGGUCCAGCUUGCAGGACUAGCAUUCGGCGUGAUUCUAUCUCAUUGGCAAAUCAAUAUCCUAUCCUUAUAUAUCUCGCCAUGAACUCAAUUGCCAUACCCACAGCCGCUGCCACCACACAAUCUAUCACCAUUAUUAAUCCAUCUUCCAACUCUUCAACUACUAUUACUGUUACCCACAUUAUCUUCUAUAUUUCCUGCGCCUUCAAUAGUCAUGGUAAUGGUAGCAAUACAAAAUUAGCAGCUGAAGAAGAUAAAGAAGAAAUACAGCUGCAUCUGCCAGAUUUCAUGUUAAAAAGAAAUUACGUGAAUAGAUACUUGAGAGAACUCAAGAGAAAUAGCAUCAAGAUUAAACCUGUUGAUAAAAAACAAAAGUUAGAUGAUGUAGUUGUACCAUCAUAA